UUAUCAAUGAAUAUUCACUUUUGCCAAUGUCACAACACAUUUCCUUCAGCAUACACGGUGCUAACACUUUGUUUACGAGUGCCGUGCAUUUUGUCCUAUGUAAGGAUAUAUCCUUACCAGAAACAUCUUUUACUAGCUCACCCAUGUGAUCGAUUGUCCUGACGCUUGAAUGACAAGCAAUGUGAGCUGCUAACUUCAGCUCAGCAACUUUUGCAUCACUAGUGACUUUUGUUCUUGAUAACCCUGAUUGAAACAGAGUCCUCAUGUUAGAAAAUGGAGCAGCAUUUUUCUCAUGCUUUGCUGUUAGACCAUGCUUGAUAAGGUCACUGUGAUGGGCUCUGAUCACAGUUUUGCAAAAUUUGCAGGAUGCAUGAGUAUCAUCGCCGGGUAUACUCCUUAUCCACGUCUUGAGCCCGUCCUCUUGUUCCCACUCUUUACAGUAUCUUUUGCUGUAUUUCGACCACUUGCUCAUGUUCACUUGAGCGUACACACGUAUGCACGUGGCCUGUAUCCAGUAUACUUGUAUCUCCUCCAGGCAGGCUGAGGCAGCUAUGAGGCUGAGAAUAAACUGGCUGUGUUUCAGUGUGUGUGCUGUGAGGUGAAUGUGGAAAUUAUGGGUGCGGCAUGCAGGUGUUCAGGAUGGGUGUCCUACAGUCUUAAUGAGGUCAUGCGGCCCUAGUAGUAAUCCCCUUAGGGAGAGGGGAGACUUGUUCACACCCUUCUGCUGGCUGACCUGGCGCCAUUCCUUAACAUAUGAGUGAGUCUACUCCCUGAUUUGGUAUGUCGGGAAGGCAAGAGUAUAUUAUAUAUUUUCAAAUAUAAGUAGCCCAGAAAAUAGCCCAACUGCGGUAAAAAGAGCCCAAAAAGCGCCAAACCGCGGAAACCAUAUUUUUCACGCCCAAUACCAGGAACGACUCUGGUAGGAGCAUUUCAGUUGAGCCUAUUCUGCCCUGGUUCGUGUUUGCUGCGGUGACACGGUGCCGCACUGAGUGAAGAUUGCGUUUAUAAUCACUUAUCGGUGGAGUGGGGAAAGGAGAGUCAGGAAGUGAGGAUAUUUAUAUUAUUUGACAUAUUAUUUGAUAGCAUGUCAACUUUUGUGUGUGUGUGUGUGGGUGGGUGUUGGAUCAGUGACAGGUGGCGCUGGGGAGUUACCACGGCGAGCGGCUGGCUGGCUGCAGUGUUUUGGUCAGCACUGGUCAAUCUUGCCCUACACGCUCUAUUAACUAGUGUUUCCGUCUUCCCGACACCUUCUUCCUGCACCAAGCACCGUCAAGCAUCACCAGAGAGGCACGAGUACGUAAGCUAUCCAACAUCAGAACAGUAUAUGAAUAUCGCAAAUGCUGUUUUGACAUCAUUUCCUGCCAUCCUGAGAAACAGUGAUCUCGAGGAGCAUGAAUUGCAGCUGCAAUGGAAAUUGCGCAUCCAGCGCAAGUUUCAGAAUUCAAGAAAGAGGCAGGAUUCCUCAGUGACUGAGGUGACGUCAAGGAAAAAGAAGAUCCCUUGCAUAGCGCCAAAAGAGACUACGUGGCCACUGAUGUAUGGAGUAAAGGCUUACCUUCCACCAAGGCCCCAUUCAGAAGAUGAUGAGUCAUUAGAGAGACAUAGACAGUGGCUUGCUCUACAUUGGAUGAAGAAAGAUCCCGAGUUAGAUAAGAUAAUGAAGGAGUUCCUGAGAUUAGAACCACAAGCGGAUGAACCAGACCCAAGAGUAGCAGUUUUGAAAGGGCUGGAGAAAUAUAGGCUCCCAAUAAUUGCCAUUCUCAAAAAAAGAAAAGCAGUUCCUCUGUAUAUGGAAACCUUACUUGAAGCUAAAUCCCCACGAUGAAAGUCAAUCACCGUCAAGCAUCACCAGAGAGGCACGAGUACGUAAGCUAUCCAACAUCAAAACAGUAUAUGAAUAUGGCAAAUGCUGUUUUGACAUCAUUUCCUGCCAUCCUGAGAAACAGUGAUCUCGAGGAGCAUGAAUUGCAGCUGCAAUGGAAAUUGCGCAUCCAGCGCAAGUUUCAGAAUUCAAGAAAGAGGCAGGAUUCCUCAGUGACUGAGGUGACGUCAAGGAAAAAGAAGAUCCCUUGCAUAGCGCCAAAAGAGACUAUGUGUCCACUGAUGUAUGGAGUAAAGGCUUACCUUCCACCAAGGCCCCAUUCAGAAGAUGAUGAGUCAUUAGAGAGACAUAGACAGUGGCUUGCUCUACAUUGGAUGAAGAAAGAUACCGAGUUAGAUAAGAUAAUCAAGGAGUUCCUGAGAUUAGAACCACAAGCGGAUGAACCAGACCCAAGAGUAGCAGUUUUGAAAGGGCUGGAGAAAUAUAGGCUCCCAAUAAUUGCCAUUCUCAAAAAAAGUAAAGCAGUUCCUCUGUAUAUGGAAACCUUACUUGAACUCUAUGACCACGAUGAAAGUCAAUAUGCUUGCUUAGUUAUAUUGGAGUUACUUCACCUGCUUGGAGAAAGGAAAGACUCCAUUUUUACUAAGGUACCAGAAGAAGAACUAAGAACAGGGCAGUCUAGUGUGUAUUUGAUGGUGCACCUGUAGCUGAACCAACAUGUAUUUUUAUGGCUGUAGUCUCAUUGGUAGCAGGGCUUUGUGUUUAAUAUUGAACACCCAAAAAAUUGUGAACAUUUCCUCCGUUUCACAACAUCCCAUCUCUUAGGUAUCAAGUAUGACAAAGGUAACACUUCAAAAACAAGAUCUCUACUUGUAAAACUCAAUGAAGUAAAGACAGAAUUGAGCUUCAAAAAUGCAUAAAUCUGCUUCCAAAUAUAUUCAACUUCACACAUAAUGCCUCUCUCUCUCUCUCUCUCUCUCUCUCUCUCUCUCUCUCUCUCUCUCUCUCUCUCUCUCUCUCUCUCUCUCUCUCUCUCUCUCUCUCUCUCUCUCUCUCUCUCUCUCUCUGUCACACACACACAGACUAGUCAAUUACUAGUUAAAGAUUAAUCAGUGAAAUAAAUACAUAACAUUAUGUUAAAAGGAAAAGGAAAUACUUGUACUUCCCCUUCCCCCAA